CGCGGCCAUGCCGGGCAGGAAGUCUUCCAAGGAGAAGAAGCGGCGCCGCUCGCGUUCCUGCUGCCCGGAGGGAGCCCCGGGCCCGGAUGGCAGCGACAGGAAGCGGCGGAGCACCGAGUCCGGCCACGGUGCCCUGGAGGUGUAAGAGAUGCGGAGCACAAGCUCAGGUGGCCCCGGUCGCGGUUCUCAUUCUCGUGGCACUGAAACAAAGUGCAAUGUACUCUGUGGAGAAAAAGUGGAAGAAGCUGAACAAACCAGUGAUAUAGAAGAAGGAGGAUUAGAUCUCACUGUGUCACUCAAACCUGUCAGUUUCUACAUUGGGGACAAAAAGGAAAUGCUUCAACAGUGUUUCUGUGUCAUAGGAGAGAAGAAACUACAGAAGAUGCUGCCUGAUACUUUAAAGAACUGUUCCAUGGAUGAAAUCAAAAGACUUUGUAUGGAGCAGUUGGAGCUGUUAUCUGAAAAAAAACUGUUGAAGAUACUUGAAGGCAAGAUUGGAGCUGAUUCUGAUACUGACGAGGAGGCAGAUGGAGGAGACAAGACUGGAGGUGAUUCAGUCAGUCAACAGGACAACAGUAUAGAUUCAACUUCUUCUCUGAGAGAAGACAGCAAGCUGGAAGGUCAGGAAUCAAAACAAGGCAAGGGAGAAGAUAGUGAUGUCCUCAGCAUAAAUGCAGAUGCAUAUGAUAGUGACAUAGAAGGCCCGUGCAAUGAAGAGGAUGGCCCAGAUGUGCAGGAGAGCUCCGUCAGAAGUGGAGCUGGUCAGAUAGAUGACCUUCAGAAGGACAUUGAAAAGAGUGUGAAUGAGAUACUGGGGUUGGCAGAGUCCAGCCCAAAGGAGCCCAAAGCAGCAACCUUAGCUGUUUCUCCAUCAGAAGAUGUUCAGCCGUCAGCACAACAGCUGGAGCUUCUGGAACUUGAGAUGAGGGCCAGAGCUAUUAAGGCUCUGAUGAAAGCUGGUGAUGUAAAAAAACAUCUCUGAGACUCUUCAGAUUUCAUUUUUACUAUUUGUUUUGAAGAAUGUGAUGUCUGUUCUCUUCAGUGCUACAGUAUGUUUGGGUUGGGUAUGACAUUCCUCAUUCAGACUGUGUUGUGUAUCCUGACCUGUGGUUCAGUGGUUUUGUUGCCUUUAGUGUGCUGCUUCCAUGACAUGCACAAACAGAGGUUGUUGCUUCCCUGAGAUGAGGUGUCCUUGUACUGGGUACCUCCUCAGGGAGUCACACCACAUGUAGAGUUGUGCCAGGAACCUGGUGCCUUCCAGAAAGGUUGUUGUAAAAACUUAGAAUCAUAGAAUGGUUAGGGUUGGAAGGGAUGUGAGACUGCUUAAUUCUUGGGGCCCAUCUCAUCGUAAUGUAGGUAUUCUAAUAAAAAUGUGAUGCUUUGUCUAAAAGCAUACUCAUUUUUUUAAAAUUUGAAUUCAUAAAGGGGAGGAUUUUCACCUUUCAGAUAAACAGUUGAACAUGUUCUUUUCGGAGUUAUGAAAGUGCCUGAAAGAGACACAGCAGAGUUUAUUGCACUGCCAUGUAGUUUUGUCAGUUUUCUCCACUCUUAUCUUUUGUAUUAUAAGUGAAGAAGGCAGAGUUUCUUCCUAACUGUAAAGCUUUUAUUUUGAAUAUUUGCCAUAAUAUUUAGCAAUUCAAACAGCUUAGAAGACCUUGAGUUUUUAACAUUCAAUUGAUGUAGUCAUUUCAUGUCCCCUGAAAGUAGGAAAAUCCACCAAAUUUCAGUGUGCUUUUUUAGAAAAUUCAUUUAAUUUAAUUUAAGAAGUUUUAAAAUAUAAAUUCUUUUUUUAUCCACUUCAGGGUAUUUCUUUAUAAAUAAAUUGAAUUUUAGAAUGAAUUUUCAUGCUAUAAUAUCUUACAGCAAUUAAAAUUAUUUAAUUUUUAGAAUUAGCUGAUUUUAUAUCUGGCUGCUAGUCAAAGCAUAAUAAAAUAUUUGUGUGUUUGUUUACACGUGGAGACAUCAAUUUUUUUCUUUAAAAAUAUGAAGUUUACAACUGUCCUCUUUAUUAAGUAAAAUAAUGUAUUAUGUAUUUUUAUUCAUGAAUUUUCUUUGGUUGUUACUUAGAAAGGCAGUUGCAUACUCUGCAACACUAGCAGAAUUAAUUUCCCAUACUAUUGUGUAAUAUUACUGUGAACCUCAGAUAUUAUAUCUCGAAUUCUUUUAAGGUUUAUAAUUUUCUUUUUAUUCUUCCAUUUUACCCCUUUUCUUCCUUCUCUUUAUUCCCUUUUUUCCUGUUUCCUUUAAACCCUUUUCUGUAGUAAGCUUCUUGUAUAUUUAUUAAGUAUGAUUGAUUUCCUGUAGAAUCAACAUUAUUGUAAAAUGUUAGCGCUGUGUAAAUUUGAUAAUAAACUAAAACCUUCAUUAAAUACAGCUGAGAAAGUUACAGUGUGUUUCCACUAAGUGAUGUCAGUGACCUGGGUAAACUGUACCUAACUCUAUAAACAGUUGUUAUAAACAGCAACAAUAUUUUUUUCUAUUAUUUUGUAGCAAAUGGAGGGUGUAAGUGAAAAUAUAUACACACAAUCCAGAAGGUUAAUCUUACUGUCUCAAAAUCUGUGGGUGUUGUCUUUGGUCAAUUUCAUUUAGCUGUUUGGUGUGUCCAGAGAAAAGAAUCAGAGAAGGACAACUGGCAAAACUUAGAUGCGCUGUCUUCUCUUUUACAAAGUCGUAGGCUGGUGGAGCUGUUAGAUUUCAAAGACACCUUUUAGUGCUGUUCUACUUAGGUCAUUAAGGCACUGAAUACCCGACCUUGCCUGCUGAGGAAGUGCCAAAGCUUGCUUGCAAGGGCAUUUCCUGUGUCACCAGAAGAAGCCACAUGUAUAAAGAUUAUUCUUGUUCUUUAUUUGUGACUUCACAAAACAACACCUUUCAGUUGUUUAGCAACACCAAAAUACUGCUGGAAGUAAUGAUAAACUACUGACUACUUUCUGGAAUGGUAUUUAUUAUUUUCUCACUGGUUUCCCAGGUCACCCUUAAAAGUUUGUUUUAUAGCAUGUUAAACUGUUAAAGGUUAUUAUUUCAAGCUCUGUAGCAAGAAGUUGCAAAUGUUAACUUUAGCAUGUAGUGUGACAAAGAUGAAACAAGUUUACUAUGCAUAUGACAGAGAAGAUUUGUAAUUACAGCCUAAUUAAAUUCGAAAUUAAAAGAUGAGAAGUAUUCCAAGAACAUUCAAUUAAGCUGUUUACAAAAAUAAGAUUUAAAAAAGAUACUUAAUGUGAUUGGUUACACAAGUGCUAAUUCAUUUUUAGGAUAUUGUACUGUUGUUGCUUAAGUUAAAAACAGAUCAGCUAAAUUACAUGUGUUCUUGCGUUGAUUUGUAUCACUGAAGAGAUGAAAAAAUCCAGUGUAUUUAAAAUAUUUAUUAUACAGCUGUUUUGUUUUUCACUUUUAAAUAUAUCUGUGAUUUUUCCUUGAAAAAUAAAUUUAUUACUUCAUUUGGAAGAAGAGACAAUUUCUGUGUAAAAUAUAUUAUUUAUGAAAUGUAAAAAUAGUGUUAUUGGGCUUUGCCCAUUGCCAGGGCAUAUUGCCAGGAAACAAAUAUUAAACACAUGGUGUUGGUCAGCAUGAAAAAGAUCUUUAUUAUAUUUUGGACUGCAACAAAAUUUUUUUCUAAUGAAUUUUGAAUCUCUCCUCACAGAUAGUGCACAGUAAUUUUUUGAGGAGGUGGAGGGUUGAUUGUGUGCAUACUAGAUAAAUAAAAAGGUAUGACUACAGAGAG